GAAGAAGAAGAAGAAGAAGAAGAAGAAGAAAAAUUCUUAAACACUAAAAUAUACAAGUAUGAGAUAUAUUUGCCAUGUAAUGUUAUAGCAGUUAAUUUGUUAGUUGUAAGUAAUUGCGUGGAUUAUAAACACCUGUGUAAAUUCUGUCGUUUAACUUAUCUCUGCUAUUUUCCACGUUGUUGUUGUUGUUGUUGUUGUUGUUGUUGUUGUUGUUGUUGUUGAUGAAGGAAAUAGAUUCUUCGUAGAAGAUAUGUACAUAUACAUAGAUACAUAAGAAUUACUUUUAAUUUAUGAGUACUGAGAUGGGAGGAGACGAAAAGGACAUGGCGGUAGUUUUUCAUGUCUGGGGAAAGAAAAAGAAGGAGGAGGAGAAGAGUAGUACACAGUCUCAAGAUACAAAAGAGGUCAAAUAAUUGUUGUCAUAUUCCUCAGUUCUGUUUCCAUCUACCAAACUCAUGCUAGCGAGCACAUCCACACACACACACGCAAUUUCCCUCUUUCUCUCUCUCUCUCUCUCUCGGGGCAGUUAUUCCAUGGAUAGCAGUCAGAGUAAACAGUAUGUCGUCGUCGUCGUCGUCGUCGUCGUCGUCGUCAGCCUUUCUCAAGCAAAGCACGACCCGCUACUCUAG